CUUUUUCCACCAAACCAUUGCCUGCAAAAGUGGUGAUAUCGUCAGUGCAUGAUCUGGUGUUGUUUCUACAGGAAUGCUAAUUCGUAGCAGAUAUAUCUUGGACUAUGUGAUUAUCGUUAUUCUUGCCAUCCUGUUCCUUGCAAUUGACAAGGUCGACGGAUUUCGACAACACUUCGCGCUUCAGAACUACACAUUGCAGUAUCCGUAUGCGGUACACGAACGAGUACCAGCAGGAGUAUGCUAUGUCAUCGUCGUCAUGUGCCCCGCUGCCAUAAUUUGUUUCUGGACUCUGGUCAUUGACGGUCUUUUUGCGCACUCACAACCCACAGACGCCGAGGGCACAGGUAGAAGACUCGGACGCUAUAGACUUGUGGACAGAUUAUGGGAACUCAAUUGUGGCAUUCUUGGCCUGGCUCUAUCAGAAGGUACCGCUUUCGUCAUCACUGGUGCACUGAAAAACACCGUCGGUAAGCCGCGUCCCGAUCUUAUCGACAGGUGCCAGCCUAGGGCCGGAUCGGUCGACCCAUCACCCUACGGCUUGUCAAACUCGACGAUAUGUACACAGACAGAUAUGAGUAUCCUCAGAGAUGGCUUCAGGAGCUUUCCUUCAGGACAUUCUAGCAGCUCAUUUGCUGGACUGUUCUAUCUGUCGUUGUACUUGGCAGCCAAGCUCCACAUCUGGGAUUCGAGAGGUGAAGUAUGGAAGAUCUUUGUUGUCAUGAUCCCAACUCUCGGCGCUGCCUUGAUCGCAGCUAGUAGGAUCAUGGACGCGAGGCAUCACCCCUUCGAUGUGAUCACGGGCAGUAUGCUUGGUAUAGCGUGUGCUUGGGUGUCCUACCGUCAAUAUUUCCCAGCAGUCAGUGAGACCUGGCGCAAAGGACGUGCAUACCCCAUCAGGACCUGGGGGCAAGGAACGGCACCACCUCCAGCCGCCAUGUCAACCGCGUAUGAACCGUACGGUAGACAAGGAUCUGAUACGCAAGAAUCGCUGUCACAACGAAGGCAUCCUCAGCACUCCAGACACGCGGGCUCAGACAGCCAAGCGAUGCUGGCGACGCAUGCAGCACCGUUGCCAUCUGGGGGAUUAGCUGGGACGGCGGCUGAAAGGCGGCGUGACGAGUGGGACGCGUCCUCAGCAGAGGAGGAUGAGUUCGAGUUGCAACAACAGCCCAGAUAUCCACCAGGGGCGGUGAUGGGAGGGUCGACAGCGUAUAAGUCCGCGGAAGACAUUUGA